AAGUGUGGCGGAGGUGGGAGCCGGCCCCAGGCCGGUCGUGACGAGCCCGCGGCAGUUGCACACCGGACCCGGCGGCGGCUGCGCUGACGUGGCUCCCGGAAGUGGGGCUUGGCGCCGGCCGCCAUGUUGCCGCAGGACAGUAACGAUGACACGGAAGAUGUUUCACUGUUUGAUGCUGAAGAGGAGGCAACUAAUAGGCCGAGAAGGUCCAAGAUCAGACAUCCGGUGGCAUCAUUUUUCCAUUUGUUCUUUCGCGUCAGUGCGGUUAUAGUCUAUCUUCUCUGUGAACUGCUCAGCAGCAGCUUCAUUGCCUGUAUGGUGACAAUCAUCUUACUGUUAUCAUGUGACUUUUGGGCAGUGAAGAAUGUCACAGGUAGACUAAUGGUUGGUCUCCGAUGGUGGAAUCAUAUUGAUGAGGAUGGAAAGAGCCACUGGGUGUUUGAGUCCAGAAAGUCAACUCCUCAAGAUGAUAAAACUGUUUCAGAGGCUGAAUCAAGAAUCUUUUGGUUAGGACUGAUUGCCUGUCCAGUUCUGUGGGUGGUUUUUGCCUUUAGUGCACUCUUCUCCUUCAGAGUGAAGUGGUUGGCUGUAGUUAUCAUGGGUGUGGUGCUACAAGGGGCCAACCUGUAUGGUUACAUCAGGUGUAAAGUGGGCAGCAGGAAGAAUUUAACCAGCAUGGCUACCUCGUAUCUUGGAAAGCAGUUUUUAAGACAAAGCACUGGAGAUGAUCAGACUUCCUAAACAGAGACACGGGCUUAUGUUCUCUGUUACUUUGGUGGAUGGCCGAAGAGAUUCUUGACUGAAUGGUUUAGACUUCAAACUUCAGAGCUCAGCCCAUGUUGCAAAGUAGAAUGUUGGCUUUUUUCCACUUAAAAACAAUUUAUAAAAAAGAAACAUCUUAAGUAUUUUCUUUCUACCAUAUGAGGUGAAAAUGUGGUGUCAUUGGGAACACUGUCAGGAUGUACAUUUUGAAGCAUAAAACACAGGAGGAUGUUCUCAGUCUCUCUUAAAGCUCUGUUUACAUUUUUGUAGAUGAGUUUUAGAGGGAAGCUUUGAUUCACUGGUAAGAGUGAGCACUUUGAUUUAUAUAUGAAUUAGAAAUAAUUGUUAAUUUUUAAUGUGUACUUUAUGGUAAAAUGUUUUAUUUUAGAUAUACACAAGCAAGUAAAAGCCAAGUUUGGGCCAAUAGUUAAUAUAAAUGGAAUCUCCAUAAGUUAUGUGAAAGGGAUACCCAGAGAUUGCUGCUGUCUUAUUUAUUUUAUGGACAGGUUUUGCUUUGAACUGUCUGAAAGUUCUUCAUUGGUCUUAGUGGUAAAGGUAAUAUUUUAUUAGUUACCACUAGAAGAAUAUUAUUCUUAUGUAAUAAUGAGAAUAAUCAUUUAAAUGCUUGGCAUAAUAAAUGCCUAUACAAUAUUUUAUUUUAUGAAUCUGUUUUCUUGCUGUAAUGGGAAAUUGUAAAUCAUGCAUUUAUAUUCAUGUGUUUCCUAAGACAAAGCAAUAUUAAGUAUGAACUAAAGCAGUCUGUAAACUCGUUAAUUCUUUUGUAUGUACUGUAAAUUUUGUUGGAAUCUUUUAAUUAGCAGGCUAUGUUGUGAAUGUAUUUCUAUAUUGUUAAAAUAUUUUAAAGCUGUUUUGUUUAAUUGAAUAAGUGUCUUUAUUAGAGUGGUAGCUUGGAAAGUGCAUAACUUUAUAUUUGUAUAAAACUGUUUACAAGCA